AACCUGCUUAGAAGAAUGUGCUAGUAUCCAUCACCUACCUAUACCAUAGCAUCAGAGCUCAAGUUUAAUUCUUCCUGCAUACUCUUUUCAGAACAUGGGGGAAAAUGAUGAUGAAAAAUGCACCCAAGCUGGCCAUAUAUUUGAAAAUUUUGUACAGGCAUCAACAUGCAAAGGUACUAUUCAGGCCUUCAAUAUUCUGACCCGUCAACUUGAACUAGAUCCAUUGGACAAUAGAAACUUUUAUAUAAAACUCAAGUCAAAAAUUACCAGCUGGAAGGCCAAGGCUUUGUGGAACAAGCUUGAUAAAAGAGCAAGUCAUAAAGAAUAUAAGCGAGGAAAAUCUUGUAUGAAUACUAAGUGUUUGAUUGUUGGAGGUGGCCCAUGUGGUUUGAGGACUGCCAUAGAACUUGCCUUCCUGGGAGCCAAAGUUGUAGUUGUGGAGAAGCGGGACACUUUUUCAAGAAACAAUGUUCUGCAUCUGUGGCCUUAUACAAUCCAUGACCUCCGAGGUCUAGGAGCAAAAAAAUUUUAUGGAAAAUUUUGUGCAGGCUCUAUUGAUCAUAUCAGUAUUCGGCAGCUUCAGCUUAUCCUGUUCAAAGUAGCACUUAUGCUGGGGGUUGAAAUCCACGUAAAUUUAGAGUUUGUGAAAGUUCUGGAACCGCCUGAAGAUCAAGAAAACCAAAAGAUAGGUUGGCGUGCUGAAUUUCUUCCAGUGGAUCAUCCUCUGUCAGAAUUUGAAUUUGAUGUUAUUAUUGGGGCAGAUGGCCGCAGGAACACAUUAGAAGGUUUUAGAAGAAAGGAGUUCCGUGGAAAACUGGCUAUAGCUAUCACUGCCAAUUUUAUAAACAGAAACACCACUGCAGAAGCCAAGGUAGAGGAAAUUAGUGGUGUUGCUUUCAUCUUCAAUCAAAAAUUCUUCCAGGAUCUUAAAGAGGAGACGGGAAUUGAUCUGGAGAAUAUUGUUUACUAUAAAGAUAGCACUCACUAUUUUGUAAUGACUGCAAAAAAACAGAGUCUUCUGGACAAAGGAGUCAUUAUUAACGACUAUAUUGAUACUGAAAUGCUCCUAUGUGGGGAAAACGUAAACCAAGAAAAUCUGCUGUCUUAUGCCAGAGAAGCUGCUGAUUUUGCUACCAAUUACCAGCUGCCUUCCUUGGAUUUUGCAAUUAAUCACUAUGGGCAAUCAGAUGUAGCCAUGUUUGAUUUUACUUCCAUGUAUGCCUCUGAAAAUGCAGCUUUAGUACGGGAGAGGCAGAGACAUCAGCUCUUGGUUGCCCUGGUUGGAGAUAGUUUACUGGAGCCCUUCUGGCCAAUGGGUACUGGCUGCGCAAGAGGCUUCCUAGCUGCUUUUGAUACAGCAUGGAUGGUGAAGAGCUGGUCUCAGAGGAAACCUCCACUAGAGAUCCUUGCUGAACGAGAGAGCAUUUAUCGACUCUUACCCCAAACUACACCUGAAAAUAUCAACAAGAAUUUUGACCAGUAUACCAUUGAUCCAGGGACACGGUAUCCAAACUUGAACUCAAGCUGUGUUCGACCCCAUCAGGUGAGGCAUCUGUAUGUUACAAAUGAACUACAACAAUGCCCUCUUGAAAGGGUAAGCUCUAUUAGAAGAUCAGUGAAUCUUUCAAGGCAUGAAUCAGAUAUUCGACCCAACAAGCUUUUAACCUGGUGUCGGAAACAGACAGAAGGCUACAGGAAUGUUGAUAUUACUGACCUCACUACUUCUUGGAGGAGUGGCCUUGCAUUAUGUGCAAUUAUGCAUCGCUUCAGACCUGACCUCUUUGACUUUGAUUCUCUGAAUGAAGAAGAUGCUGUCAAAAACAACCAGCUGGCGUUUGACAUUGCGGAGCGAGAGUUUGGAAUUCCUCCUGUCACCACUGGGAAAGAGAUGGCGUCUGCUGGAGAGCCUGAUAAGCUCAGCAUGGUUAUGUAUCUCUCAAAAUUCUAUGAGCUAUUUAGAGGAACACCUCUGAGAGCAGUUGAUGCUGUGGACAAGCAAAAUGGAGAAAAUAAUGACCUUUCCUCUGCAAAGUCCUCAAACUCCAUCUUUAACUACAUCAAUUUGACGUUACCAAGGAAGCGGGUACCAAAAGUUGAAAGAAAAGAAGAAGAAAAUGAAACAAAGAAAAGGCGUCGAAAGGGUCUUUCUGGUGGCUUUGAGGAGGCUUCGAGUUUUUCAAACCAGGAGACACAUUCUGGGAAAGAACAGGGUGAUGGUAGAGAAGGGGUGAAUAAAAAUAAAGUCAAAUCCAUGGCAACACAGCUGUUGGCAAAGUUUGAAGAAAAUGCCCCAAACACAUCACUUCGGAGGCAGGAGUUAGUAGAUAAACCAGCCCUUCUCUCUUCCUGUCAUCUUCCUGUCAAUCCUCGCUUUGCUAAGCCUCAGGAUCCAAGUCCUCCACCUCAGCCCAAAUGGCAGGCGGUAGCUAGGACUGAACAUGAGGUACGAGAACCAAAACAACCUUUUCGUGAUUCUGAUCAUAUGGCCAAGGGAUCACAAAGCACAGAAAAAGCACACAGGCAGUCCAGUCUUUCAGGAAACUCAGAAACCCUUGCAUCUGGCUGUCUUGCUGCCUCUGUACUGUCUGGAGUGCUUCAGCGCCUUCAGCAUGUGGAGGAAACAAUUCAUCAGAAGAGAGCUCAGGCCAUAGCAAAUAGGGAAUUUCAUAAAAAGAACAUUAAAGAGAAAGCAGCUCACCUCGCCUCAAUGUUUGGAUACGUGGACAUACCAAAGAAUAAACUACCUACUAAAGGCCUCUCCCAUUCUCAACCCCCAACUCCCUCUUGCCCUCCAUCUUACGAUUCAGCUGCUACUUCCUCUUCAACAUCUGUUGGCUCUGCUUCCCCUGCUGUCCAUUCUAGAAAGAUGACUGUAGGGAAGGUGUCACGUGGAAUUGGUGCUGUGGCUGAAGUCCUUGUCAAUCUGUAUAUGAAUGAUCACAGGCCCAAGCCACAGUUUUCCUCUCAAGAGCUGGUAUCUUUGAGAAAAGAAUUUCCUCAAACUGUAGGAGGGAGCGACAUCUGCUAUUUCUGCAAGAAACGGGUCUACGUCAUGGAGCGGUUGAGUGCAGAGGGUCACUUCUUUCACAGGGAAUGCUUUAAGUGUGAUGUGUGUUCUACAACACUCCGGUUAGGGAUUUAUGCCUUUGAUGUCGAAGAAGGUAAAUUUUACUGCAAACCUCAUUUUACACACUGUAAAAUCAGCAACAAACACAGAAAGAGAAGAGCCACAUUACCGAUACAAGAAAAGGAGGAUGCAGAAAUGUGGAAGAAAGAGGAACCCAAGCCCCCAGAAACCACCACAGAAAGCACUUUAACUACUGUUAGCAGUCCAGAAGACAGGCCUCCAGAUUACUACCUCCUGAUAGCUGAUGAGCCCACCUCUCCUAAGAAGCCCAAGAAUGUCUCUGAGCUUUCUGACUUUGAGACCAUUUGCCCUUCCCUCUCCCCAGAAUGGGCCUCUGUGAGAGUCAUCCCAGAGGAAGAAAUGACAGAACGCAAUCUUAUGGCCAUCCGUGUCAUGGUCACCAGUGAUGGAAGCAGUUCGGAGCCAGAAUCAGAUUUUUAUGGUGACUCAUCUAAUUCUGAAGUUAGUGAAGGAAAGAUCUCAUUGCCUGAGGCCAUAUCCUCAACAAACCCCAGAAAGUAUGUAUCAUCAACCAGAAGUUCUGACGAAGAAGAGGAAUACCAUGAAAAGUCUAAAGUUGCCGAUGCACUACAGAGAGCCAAUAGCUUUCAUUCCUCUUCAUCAAAUAAAUACCAGAAUUGGAGAAGAAAAUUGCAAUCUAAUUUCCCACUCCUGUAUAGCAAGAAACCCGGGCUGCAUUCAAAGGAGAACUCAGCCAGUAUUCAGUCUGCUCUUGAGGAUGAUCUCCCCCCAACACAGUUGAUGUCUAACAACAAGCCACCUGAAAGUACAAGACAUUUCAAACCAUACAGCCCAAUAUUUAAAAGAAAGUCAAAAACCAGAGAAACACCUGAAGAAAUCCCGUUAUAUGUGCUUCAUCAUCCAGUUCAGAAUAGUACUGGAGAUUCUUUUUUGAAACAUUCAGAAACUGUAUCACCAGAUGCCAAUUUAUAUAACUAUAAAUAUGAGGAUGAUAAUGCUGAGGAAUACAAUUUAGAAACCUGGAAUGAGAAUAUCAGGGAACAGGAGUCUUUAGCAGAAAGGGGGGCCUCUAGAAGAAAAAUGGUAGAUUUGUCCUCUCUGAAUUUGGAGGAAAAAGAUGAAAAAAAUUCAAGACACCCAAAAGAAAAGGCUGAACUAAAUGAGAUAAAGAAAAGGAUAACAAGGAAGUUAAUGCUUUCUUCAGAGCAGCAAUUCAAAUUAAAUGUUUCAAGCAACGCAGACCUAAGUGGAACAAAACCAUGGUAUCAAAGCACCAGAACUCUGGAAAUUUCAGAACAGAAGGAUGUUGAUGACAAUGCAAGAGAAAACAGUAUUUCUGUGUUUCCUCCAUUUGCAAAUGAAGCUUUGCCAAUUGCGCCAGUUAAUGCAAAAGAUAUUCAGAAGAGUCCAGACAAUAUUGGAGGAGAACAACUGCCUAGCCAACCAAAAUCACCAUUGAAACUAAUUGCCAGUGCAAUAAAGAAAUCCAUUCUAGAGCCUCUUAUCUCUCCUUCAGAAAGCAUAAAAAAGAGCUCAGACAGUAAAAGGAAACCUCAUUCAGAACAUACUUUCUUCAGCUUCCCUAAUACUGCCAGUCACUCUGUAAGUCUAAACAAUAGCAAUAGAGGACAUGAUAUACAGCCACGGGGGUCCAGUGUGCCGAGACAUUCAGGAGAAGAGUCUGAAACAAGGAACUCAAGUAAAACCUCAUCUAAUAGUUUCACUAGUCUUGAAGAGAAGUCUCCAUACGGGUACACGGAGGUACACUUUCCUGCUUGCAGUUUGCAUACCAGUCCUUCCAAGUCUGAAAAAUCAUCUUACACCAAGAUAGAGGAUGUACCAGGACUCCUAGAAAAGUUUACCCUUAAAGAGACUCCUCUGAGAUCUUCAGGGGAUGACUUACUUACUAGUAAACAAAAGAACCUUUCUGGUUCAUCUCUAAGGCUCAAGAACAAAAUUUCCAAGGAUAACACGGUAGAUCCUUCACAGAGGAAUGAUAUCAGGACAUUCUUUACUAACUUUAGAACUAAAGUCACUGAAAGAGAAAAAAAGGAUCCAUCAAAAUCCUCUGUGACCAUUAACAGAUUUUUCCCUGAAGAAGUGCUAAGUAACCCUUCUGCAGGCUCUGAACACCUAGCUGUCAGAAAACAAGUGACUGAGUGUUAUUCUUCAUCUUCUGAUAAUGAAAUUGAACACAAGCCUUCAUUAGCAUUCAAGGUUAAAAGGAGUCUUAAAAAGAGGAAGAAGUUGGAAAAGGAGACCAAGCAAUUGAUUAAACAAGAGCAGCUGAGAAGGCUCCACAAAGCACAGGCUAUCCAGCGCCAACUGGAGGAGCUGGAGGAGAGGCAGACAGCUCUAGAGACCAGAGGUGUUAAACUGGAGAGGGAGUUGCGAGGAGAAUCAGAUUCAGGCACACAGGAUGAAACUCAGCUGUUACAUGAAUGGUUUGAACUAGCCCUGGAGAAGAAUAAAUUAAUGCGUUAUGAAUCUGAGCUCUUGGUGCUAGCCCAAGAACUAGAACUGGAAGAUCACCAAAGCAGAUUGGAACAGGAACUGAGAGAGAAAAUGGCCAUUGAUGACAGCCUGAAAGAUGAGAAAGAUCUGAAGGAGGAGAACGAAAUUUUUAUCAAGAUGAUGAGAGUGAUUGCAGAAAGAGACAAACUCGUGUCUUCCUUAGAGCAGCAGAGAUUGAAGAAAAAGGCAGAAGAUCAGCACUUUGAAAGCUUUAUGUUAUCUAGGGAAUAUCCACUCAACAGGACCUAAAUAACCACAUACAAAUGCAUGGAACUUCAGCAAUGUUAACUAACAUGGAGUGACGUUUUUUGGCCAACAUCUGGCUGAAAUGAAGGAAUUUCAUGUUAAGACUUCAGCUUGUUUGGUGAAAUUUAGUAUCAAAAGUUUUUAUACAGGCUCUUUGCUUCUACAACAGAAUUUCUAGUCCUACUGAAAAAAUAUGUGAAGAAGUAUCUAAAUCUCAUUAUCAACAAGGAGGGUUAGUCAACCUAGGAUACAAAAAUGGAUUGAGUUCAUCUGUCUGAUAGAUGGUCUGCACUGUGAAAAUUAAACCAGUUGUUCAUUGUUGUCCUUUUUCAUAGAGGUUUAUUAUAAUUUUGACAACAGAGUUCCCUAGAAAUAUAACUGCAUGAUUUAGUACUUUUGAGAACAGAAUAAUUUCCAAUCUAUUCUUUUGUAUCUCUGUUUGUAUUUUAGCAUGGUUGAGGCAGAAUGAACAGUAUGCAAAGUUCAGAAGUUAGUAUCACUUGUGUAAAAAUGUUAGCAUUAAAUACAUAUAUUUCUUGUGGAGAAGAAGCAGACAAGGUUCUUUGGGUAAAUCUGAUAUCUUUUAUUAGACCAACUAAAAUAGUUGGAAAAAUUCUUAUUUGCAAGCUUUCGGGUACAAACACCCUUGUUCAGGCCGAGGGAGCGUCUGCAGUUGUUAUGUACUCUCCUGGAUGGAGAAGAGAGUCUUUUGAUUAUUGACUGUAGACAUUAUACAUAGCUACUUUACUGUAAAUGCAAUGCCAGUGGAAUUUAAUUUACUAGGUAUAUUUAUAAGCUUGAGUACACUUUAUAUUUUGAACAAGGACUUAAUACAAUGUUAAAGCUGUUUCACUUAAUACCAAAGGGAUUACUAACCUUCACAAAAUGCUGAAAGGUCAAAAAAGCAGUAAGUGACCUGUUCUGUAAUCGACCAAAGAACUCAUGGAAGUAUUCUGGGAGAUUUUUAAUGUGUAUAUGACACAUUAUGAUUUUACAACUUACAGUCUUCACAAAAGCAGGUACUGUAUCAAAGAACUAUCAGUAACUGUAAAUCAACUAGAAAUCCGUCGUAGGAUAACAUCACAAAAGCAUAGGCACCUUUUUCUGAAUGUGUAUGCUGUCAGUUGAUAAAAUCUGUGGUUGCACAUAAAACACAUCUAGGCUGCUGCUAAAAAUGAAAGCACUUAUAUGACUUUCAGAGCUAAAGUUUUUUGAAUGCAUUUUUCACUUAAAACAUUGAGAAAGCACCUUCACAGAUUUUUGUACAUGCAUGAAAGAUACGCAGUGCACCUGUACAGACUGUACACUGAGGCUACAUUUCAGUUUAUGGGGAGCAGUCUUUUAAAUUUGAGACAAUUCUGCAAUUUAAUAUUGAUAAUAAUUUUUCCUAAUUGUACAUACGGUGCAUCAGAUUUUCAGACUAGAAAACGUGGGGAAACCAAAGGAUUGUUUUUCACUAUCACUUUACCUCAUAUUCUGACUGGAAGAGUUUAGUGUUCUCCUUACUCCAUGAAUGGUGCUUAAAUGCUACUGCUGCCUAUGGUUCAGCAGAGGCAAAACUAACUCUUUGAAAUGUAAUUGUAAAGGCAUUUUAGCUAAUAAAGCUCCAGUACCUAUUUCCAGCAUAAAACAUACCCUGGAUCCUGUUACAAGAAUUUAUAAUCUACUUUAGCUGUUGUAUUAUAAGAAAUUUAAAUAUAUCUUUUUAACAAUUAAAAAAAUAAUUUUGUCUAUGUAUUCACAACAUACCUCCAUGGAGAAGUGAACUAUGAAUGCUAUUGUUCUACAGUAUUUAUCUAUUUAUAUUUAUUUGUAUAUGUAUCUGUGUACAGGGAAUAGUAAGUUGUAAUCAUGGUUUACUUCAUUUGGUGUAGCCUGUCUCUGCUUUGCAUGGUGGCUACUAGAUUUACAACAACAUACUGAUAAAGCUAUGCAAAAAAAGACCAGAAGACUUUAUUAUUAAGGCAAAACAUUCAGAUCAAAAUAGAAUUUAAUAUGUAAGCAAAAUCUUAUAUUGUAGACAUAUGUGUGCAUUUUCAGUUUGAUUCACGGGGAUCUAACAAGAUUCCCAUUAGUGUAGUGGGAAAGGCCCAGCAAAAUCCCUCCAUGUACUCAUGUUCUGGUCAUUAUGUGCUCUACAAACUUGCUGUCUGCAAGGCAUCUUCUUAAAGUGGUUCUUAAGUGAGGUUUUCCACUGAAUAUGAGACAUACAACUCAUCCUAGGCUUCAGUUUUGACUGUCUGUGUUUAGUAUGCUGUGGGAAACCUUCAGAUGAGGAAUAAACAUGUUAAAAGUUGUUUCCUUUGACAUCCACUGAUACUUCCUGCUUCUCUAAUGAUUUCAUGCCUAAUACGAGGAGUGUCAUGCAACCUAAUGAAAUAGUAGCAUAAUAUAUUCCGGGACAUCAGCAUAGCAAGAGGUGCUAUAAUUUCAAAUAUUUCAACAAUAUUAAAACACAUAUCCGUGUCAGUGUCUUGCAUGGUAGGGAAAGUCAGCACAGGAAUCCAGAUUUACUUCAGUCUGAUUUUCCUUUGCAAUUCACUUUUAUGGUUUAAAACAGCCACUCAGCCGCAUCAAUGCUGCUCUUACAUAAAUGGGAAAAGGAGGGAACAGAUCUCAGAAAAGAGAAUGAGAAUGUGAACAUAUGGACAUCUUGUGUGAAGGGCAGCUUGCAUUUCUCCUUUCACAAACUAUAAUUUACUCAGGCAAAUUAAUAUUCAGAAAUUACAAACAGGUCAGUUCUAAUGUUUACACUGAUCCUGGAACUUCAGUUUAUAGCAAAUGCCUGCUCUGCUGCUAAAAAAACCAAAACAUCUAGGAGGUUAGAAGGUACACUGCGUGUUGCUCUUCUAGUCUGAAAAGCUGGGUUUUGAAACCAUUUGAAUCAACAGGAGUUGAGGGCAUUCAGGACCUUAAAGGGGCCCAAAUAAGGGAUAAUCAGCAUUUUCCUGUAUGCUGGCUUGAUUGUAAUGUGCAUGAUAAAAAAAAAAUUCUUUCCAUAACUCAGGUCUUUUAUAUCUGAUUGUAAACCCUCCAAUGGCAGAAGGCCUGAUCCUGCCAGGUGUUGCACCUCCAAGUGAAGCGGAGCACCUUGGAGGGUGACAACUGCAAUGUUCAGUUGUCUCCAUAUGGUGUGGCAUGAAGGAGGAGGUAGAAGAAGCAGUUACAUGCACUGUUCAUAAGCCAAUCUGAACUGUUAGCUCAAACUUAGAAAUAUGUUUAAACACAAAGGCUUGUGUUCACUUCUGAAUGCUCUUCACCAUUAUUUUGCUUUGCUUGUUAACUGACUCACUAACUUACAUGGUAUUUGUUGGCUUUAAAUCCUUGGCACUGUUAUGGUUGAAUAAAAUGUGAUGCACUGGAACAUAUUACUUAUGUUUAAACUGACUACAUGUCAACAGUUCUAUAUUAGAAGAAAUAAAAUUGUUUCUCAGUCUGGA